CCUCUCAGCCCUGGACUCUCUCUUUGCCCUGUCCCCCACUUUAAUAAUGGGACACUCCUCGAUAUCAGAGCUGCACACUGUGAUGGAGACCCCUCUGGAGAAGGCCCUGACCACUAUGGUGACCACGUUUCACAAAUAUUCGGGGAGAGAGGGUAGCAAACUGACCCUGAGUAGGAAGGAACUCAAGGAGCUGAUCAAGAAAGAGCUGUGUCUUGGGGAGAUGAAGGACAACAGCAUCGAUGACUUGAUGAAGAGCCUGGACAAGAAUAGUGACCAGGAGAUCGACUUCAAGGAGUACUCGGUGUUCCUGACCACGCUGUGCAUGGCCUACAACGACUUCUUCCUAGAGGACAAGAAGUGACCCGGGCUGCCCUCCGCCCUUACCCUCCACCCCUUGCUGCUGACCUUGGCUGCUCCUCUCAUGGACCCUCUUUGGCCCCCUGCCCUCCUUUCCCUCCCAGAUGGACCCUUCCAUGGGAGGAAAUAAAGUUUCCAUUGCAGGUGCUGGGA